AUGAAGCACGGUAUUUAUACGUAUGAUAAUUUAGGUACCAAAAAAGGAAUAACAUAUUACAGAUGUGCAAGACGUGGAGGGAAUUUUUGUUCAGGAUCAUUGAAAAAGUUGGCGGAUGGCACAUUUAUUACUAUUAAACCACAUAAUGGCCACCAAGCCCAUAAUCCUAAUGAGGCAUUGGUUAGAGCAUUGAGGGAAGUUCUUAAAAGAAGGGCUUCAUCAGAAAAUUUGACAUUGAAGCAUAUUUAUGACGAAGAAGCUAGAAGAAAUCCUGAAGCUUCUAGCCUGUAUCCAUAUUCAACUGCUGAAAGUAUUAUGCGACUAGCCAGAAGAUCGUCGCUGCCAUCUCUGCCCCAUUCUCUGGCUGAUUUGGCUACUAUCUUUGAUGAAGGACGUUUGCAUCGUUACUCUUGCUGUGGUGAAAUCAUGUUUAAGGGUUGUGUGCAAGAUGUUGAUGGCCGAGCAUGCAUGAUUUUUUCAUGCACCGCCCUACUACAAUUAGUUUUGGCUAACAAUAUAGACGAAGUGCAUGUAGAUGCGACUUUUAAGGUUGUGCCUUCAAACAUGGGAAGUCAGUUGUUGACUAUCCAUUGUAUGAUUGACAAUUAUUCUAUACCUAUAGUUUACUGUCUCAUGGAAUGUAAAACGAGAAAUACGUACAACUGCGUUUUCAACUUUUUAAAGACAAAUUUGCUGGCCAACCUCAAUCCAUCCAUUAUAAUAACGGAUUAUGAAACUGCCCUGAGAGAUACUCUCACAUUUAUAUUUCCAACUGCACGAAUCACCGGGUGUUGGUUCCACCACAACCAAGCAGUUUGGCGAAAUAUGAAAAAAAGAGGAUUUUUACAAUUAAUAAACACAAAUGAAUUUGCUUCAAAAGCUCUAAGGAUGCUAUUUGCAUUACCAUUGUUACCAUCUGGUGAUAUACAGCGAGCAUUUGAUAUGGUAAGAAUGUUUGCUGUGAAUCACGGAAUACCAAUGUCAAGUUUAUUUGAUUACUAUGAUAACUAUUGGCUCAGACAAGUUGGAUCAAACAUUAUUUCAGUUAAUGGUUUACCAAGACGAACAAAUAAUAGUCUCGAAAGUUUCCAUAAUACUUUGCGGAACAAAUUUAAUGUCACUCACCCUAACUUAUGGAUAUUUUUAGAUCACCUAUCUCACUUGAGUAUGAGCUUCCACACUAUUAUGGCUCAGAUAAAUAAUAAUUUAAGGCCAACAAGCAACCACCGAAUAAAUUAUAGACAUUUAAAUUCAAUCCAACACGCUUGCCAACAAUAUACUCUAGGGCUGAUAUCUAUGUGGCAGUUUCUUCAAAGAAUGUCGCAUGCUACAACAACAUAUGAACAACAGCAACGAAAUUGGGCACUGCAUGUAGAUAAUGAACCGCCAAUAGUUGUUCAACCAGCAGCCCCAAUACCAGGAGCUGCAGAUUUGGUGCCAGUUGUUGCACUAGUACCGGUAGGUGCUGAUAUAUUCCCAGUUAUUGCACCAGUACCAGUAGCUGCAGAUUCAGCAGAAGUUGUUGUACCAGUACCAGUAGCUGCAGAUUCAGCAGAAGUUGUUGUACCAGUACCAGUAGCUGCAGAUUCAGCAGAAGUUGUUGUACCAGUACCAGUAGCUGCAGAUUCAGCAGAAGUUGUUGUACCAGUACCAGUAGCUGCAGAUUCAGCAGAAGUUGUUGUACCAGUACCAGUAGCUGCAGAUUCAGCAGAAGUUGUUGUACCAGUACCAGUAGCUGCAGAUUCAGCAGAAGUUGUUGUACCAGUACCAGUAGAUGCAGAUUCAGCAGAAGUUGUUGCACCAGUACCAGUAGCUGCAGAUUCAGCACAAGUUGUUGCACCAGUUCCAGUAGCUAAUUUAUUGCCAGUUAUUGCACCGACAGAUGCAGCUGAAAUACUGCAGCUGUUAGAACCAGUUGGCCAUCCUUACCAUCUACAAGAUAAUGGCAGACAUAGAAACCAGACACCAAGAGUAGAUGGACGUGAGAGAAACGGAAGGCAAUUUAAUAUAGUCCAAGCUUUUUAUGCAGAAGUUGAAAAUGAAGUAGAGCCGCAACAAGAAAAUGAAAUUCUUGAACUAUGCAUAAUUUGCUACAGCGGAAUUACUACUACUACAGUAGUACCUUGCCAGCACCAUUUCUGUAGAGUAUGUAUUGAGAGGUGGUUGCGGGAAGGUAGAAGAGGUUGUCCGCUAUGUAGAACUGAUAUAAUUAUGCUACAAAAGUAA